UUCAGUACUUCUUCGUUGUUCACUUGUUCCUCUUUCCACUUUCCACCACUCUCCCGAAUCCUUGAGACGCUUCCCGAAUCCUUCACGAAUAAGUACCCCCAACCCCUUCGUGUUCCCAAAAACCCUCUUCUUCAUUCUGUUCGUGAAUUUUAGAACCCUAUUCGAAGUUUUCCCUCUUUUCUUGUCUUCUACCCUUUCUUCAAUCGAGCAACAAUGGCAAAAGAAGGACCUAACUGGGAUGGAUUACUCAAAUGGAGCAUUGCUAACUCCGAUGGAAGUCGCCCCACUCGCAAUUUAAGUGAAGAGGAUCGGAGAUGGUUUAUGGAAGCGAUGCAAGCACAGACCAUUGAUGUUGUAAAACGUAUGAAAGAGAUUACCCUUGUAAUGCAGACUCCAGAGCAAGUCUUGGAAUCUCAGGGUGUUACCCCUGCAGACAUUGAAGAUUUGUUAGAUGAGUUGCAAGAGCAUGUUGAGUCGAUUGAUAUGGCCAAUGAUCUCCAUUCAAUUGGUGGGUUGGUUCCGCUUCUUGGUUACCUCAAGAACUCCCAUCCCAAUAUUCGUGCAAAGGCUGCUGAUGUUGUAACCACGAUAGUCCAGAAUAAUCCUCGUAGUCAGCAACUUGUUAUGGAAGCAAAUGGCUUUGAACCUCUUAUUUCCAAUUUCACUUCAGAUCCUGAUGUGAAUGUUAGGACUCAGGCACUUGGAGCAAUCUCUUCACUGAUUCGGCACAACAAAUCUGGCAUAGCUGCCUUUCGUCUUGCAAAUGGUUAUGCAGCCUUAAAAGAUGCUCUAACUUCUGAAAAUGUGAGGUUUCAAAGGAAGGCUCUCAACUUGAUCCAUUACCUUUUGAAUGAGAAUACUUCAGAUUGCAGCAUUGUAAAUGAGCUAGGAUUUCCACGGAUACUGAUGCACCUUGCCUCUAGUGAAGAUUCAGAUGUCCGAGAAGCGGCCCUCCGAGGACUUCUUGAGCUUACUCGUGACAAAAAAGAAGUUAAAAAUGAAGCUUCCGCAGAAGAUGAUGAGAAAAUGAAGCAACUUCUUCAAGAACGAAUAAAUGGAAUCAGUUUGAUGUCAGCUGAAGACCUUGGGGCGGCCAGGGAGGAGAGGCAGCUUGUGGACUCCCUCUGGAGCACUUGCUUCAAUGAGCCGUCAUCUCUUCGAGAAAAAGGUCUUCUUGUUUUGCCUGGAGAAGAUAAUGCAGCUGCCCCUCCUGAUGUUGCCAGCAAAUUUUUCGAGCCACCACUUCGAUCUUCAGCCGCAAACCCCAAUUCCAAGAGAGAAUCCAAAAAUGAAAAGAAGGAGGCUCCUUUGCUUAUAGGGCCAGGGCCGCCUCCUCGGAACAGCGACAAUCAAGGUAGUUAGAGUAAUGCAAGUUUUUCAGAGGGAUACUUGUAAAUGAAGCUUUUGUCCACUCAUUUUUCAUUGUCUUCUACACAUUCAUAGGCUUUAGAUUAAGUAGUGACUUCCCUUUUCUCACCCAGAUUCUCCUUUCAUGGGGUGUUCUAAGUUGAUAAGUUAUUAUUCUCCCUCAAUUUGAUUUGUGAGUUGUUGCGCCAUCUUGCUGUAUGAGUAUUGACACAUUCCGAAA